AUGGUACGCAGGUUCUUGGUGACCGUCCGGAUCCGCCGCCGGAACGCCCCGCCGCGAGUGAGGAGAUUCGUGGUGGACAUAGCCAGACCCGCGAGCGAGUGGGGAGAUUCGUGGCCGCCCUUGGCCCUCUUGCUGAGAUUUGUGAGGGACCAGCUGAGAAUGCUUCGUAGAAGACGAGGUUUUAAGAAUGACAUGUAA